CCGGGGCCGAGCGGGAGCUGCCUCCCGCGCCGAGGGGCAGCGGCGGGAUGCGGGCCGGGGGCGGCCGGGCGGCGGAGCAGCUACCUGUGUGGCCCGGGCGGCCGGGACCUGCCGGAGACAUCGCCAUGUGAAGGGGCAGACCCCGGCCGGCUCUCCACCCCGCCUCGCUCAAUGGGAGAUUUAGCUGCCUUCACACGGACCAUGCUCCCAAAGGCUGUAUGAUCAUUUCUAGUGACUGCCAGUGGAGGCUCACUGGGGCCCGUGCAGCAGAGCAGGAGGCCGAGGGGUUCGUGCUGCCCCUCGGGCAGAGAUACCGGCGUGUGGCCGACCCGCAGUGAGGUGCAGCUUCGGAAGCGAUCAGAGACGAGAGCUGCCGUGAGGUGCUCCAGACCCGGGGGGAAGCAGAGCGGUGGCAGCAUGGACAAGGACGGCACCAACCUGGCCGACCAGCAGUAUGAGUGCGUGGCUGAGAUCGGCGAGGGAGCCUACGGGAAGGUGUUCAAGGCCCGCGACCUGAAGAAUGGUGGCCGCUUCGUGGCGCUGAAGCGGGUGCGGGUGCAGACCAGUGAGGAAGGCAUGCCGCUGUCCACCAUUCGGGAGGUGGCCGUCCUGAGGCACCUGGAGACCUUCGAGCACCCCAACGUGGUCAGAUUGUUUGAUGUGUGCACCGUGUCACGAACAGAUAGAGAGACCAAGUUAACGUUGGUGUUUGAACAUGUGGAUCAAGACUUGACUACUUACUUGGAUAAAGUUCCAGAGCCUGGAGUGCCUACUGAAACUAUAAAGGAUAUGAUGCUUCAGCUGUUUCGGGGACUGGAUUUUCUGCACUCACAUCGUGUGGUGCAUCGGGACCUGAAACCCCAGAAUAUCCUUGUAACCAGCAGUGGGCAGAUCAAGUUAGCCGACUUUGGCCUUGCACGAAUCUACAGUUUUCAGAUGGCUCUUACAUCAGUGGUUGUUACUUUGUGGUAUAGAGCUCCUGAAGUUUUGCUUCAGUCCAGCUAUGCAACACCAGUUGAUCUUUGGAGUGUUGGUUGCAUAUUUGCAGAAAUGUUCCGUCGAAAACCACUCUUCCGUGGAAAUUCAGAUGUUGAUCAGCUAGGAAAAAUCUUUGAUGUAAUUGGACUCCCAGAAGAAGAGGACUGGCCUAACGAUGUUGCCCUUCCAAGAAAUGCUUUUGCUUCCAGACCCGCACAACCUAUUGAAAAAUUUGUACCAGAUAUUGAUGAAAUGGGCAAAGACUUGCUUCUUAAAUGCUUAGCGUUCAAUCCAGCCAAGAGAAUAUCUGCCUAUGCUGCCCUGUCUCACCCAUAUUUCCAUGGUCUGGAGAAAUGCAAGGAGAAUCUGGACUCUCACAUGUCAUCCAGCCAAAACUCCAGUGAGGUGAAUGCAUCACAAUGCUGACUGAAGAUGAACCUAUAAAUGAACAAGAUGUGUAGCUGACAAGGCCACUGUCCCAUACAAACCACAUGGCUGUUCUAGUGAAGAUCAUUGUUUGGAGGUUUUACACACUGUCUUUCGUUUUGGGAUUGCAAUGUGCUUAUCCAAGGAAAUCAACGUAGUUUACUUUCAUCAGAGCAAUGCAAGGGCCAGGGCUUUGGCCUGCUCCCAUUGCAGCUUUAUGUUUGUUUUGUUUUUGUCUUGUUUAUCUGCCUGGGAAAACUCCAGACGAAGAGAAGCUGCUGACCAGUUUUGCUACCGUUUUAUCCUUCUAAAAUUGAAUGCUGCCAGUGUGGAGUAGGAUGAUCAAGUCACUGCCAAAACAGGAUACAAUCUCUCUAGCUGCUGAAGCACGAUUUGGUACUUUCAUUAUGAUGGUGUGAUCUCUUAGAGUGAUAUUUAAAGAAUGGCAUUGAAGUAUCAGAUCUCUGCAACCUGCAGUUAACUGAUACAUACAUUAAUACAUCCAGCUACUGUGCACUCAUAGAAUACAUGCAGGUCCUUCCCCAGCUGAAAACUUGGAUGGAUUAUUUUGUUAUUUCAUCGCAAAACAGUUAUGAUAGUGAUCGUAAUAAAUGUCUCAGCUUUUAGGGUUUUUUUUUAAUACACAAACAAGUUAUUAUCUAGUUAAGUUUGUGUGUAUGUUUCAAAAGCAAGUGUUUAAAAAAACUUACGAGGUCUCGUUCUUAAAGAUCCAUUCAGUUUCCAAAUGGUCAGUUUAUGUUGGAAUCCAUGCACAUUCUUACCCAUCAUCUAACCCAUCGUUCCUUUCUGCAAACAGCUGCAAACACACUUUCUUUCUCUCAUUCUGAAAUUUUCUGAUAUGCAGCUCAAAGUCACGAGUAGAUCCAAUGAAAAUGAAUACAGGUUUUCAUCUUUAACCUGUUGUUGUCAUUCUCUGAAAAGGAACAUAGAAAAAAUAUUUCCAGUUUGGAAGGAGAGAAUGCUAUACUUGUUAAGUACAGUUAUUUACCUGUGCGGAACUGUAUGCUGCAUACUGUGCUGCCUUACCUACAACAGCCGCCAUGCAUCUCAAGUCAUGAACAUUACUGUCACAAAAUGCCUCAGAUGUUGCUUAUUAAGAAGACUUGUUUUCUAUGCAGAAAUGCAUGAGCUUCUCUCCUAAGCCACCAUGUGGUAUACUGGCACAUGCUUCUCCACUAGGCUUAAUGUGCCAUUACUGAAUGUCAAAAUAACUAAGCAAUUCACAUGCCUUUAUAGAACAGUAAUUUUAAAUAUUACAUUAAAAUGUUAUAUUUAGUAUUUUUACCUUAACUAAAAAAUAUUUUCAGUAUUUUAAAAAGAAGCAUUUAUUUUUUUUAAUACUGUACUGGGGAAAAAAAAAAAAAAAAGAAAUAUUUUCAAUCCAUGAAAGCCAUUUCCUUGUAUGACUUCAGUGCAUUUACCUGAAUAUGACUUGGGGGAAAAAUUGGUCCAACGAGUUAACCCUUACCAUAAAAAUAUAAAUACACCCUACUGCAAUGUAACUGAUGAGAAGUGAGGCAGACAGCUUUGCUUACUCUUAUGACAGUCCCUUAGGCUACUCUCUUCCUCAUCUCUGUUUCUUCUCGUCUGGCUAUGGAGCCAGUGUUACACCCUUGCUCACGGCACGCUUGGCAAAAGCAGGUCCUUAGCACUGAAUUGAGCGAUGUAAUUGUGCCAGACAGGGCUCAGGAACCUGUAGCUGUCUCCUGGCGGGUUUCUCAGCCCCGUGGCAGACUGCGUGCUGUGGUGCACUUCACUGUUAACUCUGUUUCAGGUAUCAGUACUGUCUGGGACAUGGCCCAUUGCUAAGAUGGUGAGUGGAUCUUACCGGUCUCCUGGAUAAAGCUUUUCUUUACUAUUAGACACUUAACUGUGCGACUUGUAGUUAACAUUAUGCCUACUUUAAAUGGGCCGGAUUUUAAAAGAACCGCUUGUGUGUAUGCAUGCAGUAGCCUGUGCCUUUCUUCAUGCCCAGAAUGGUUCCUGUUCAAAACCUACCAGCAUGAACAGGCAAGUUGCAUAUUAGGCCUGGCAAGACCACAUACGAGGCAUCUGCAUGCAAGGAUAAUACAGAGGCACAGCACAAGAAUUUUGGAAGCUCCACCAGUGGCAAGCUGAAGGCCAAGGAGCGGCCACGGCAGCUCACUGCUCUGAGCUCAGCUUCACUUCUGCCGGUCUCUCUGCUCAUACAUCCAAGGAGAGCGGUGAGCCUGUGGUACUGGUGCUGAACCAACCCUGUUCCUCUGCCAUUCAGCAAACCUGAGCGGGAACGGGGCUUUGGUAUUCAUAGAAAAGAAUAGACCAAGGUGGUAUUUUUGAUCACAUUUUUUAAACACUAAUUAGAAUGACAAACAGAGACAAAAUACAGGUGAAUCUUGCAACAGCAACAAUAGAAAAGUUUUCUACACAGCUUAGCACUUUGUAAAACAUUCCACAUGUUAGUACCGCCAAGCUUCCAUACAUACGCUAUCAGGGCAUUCAGCUGAUACUGGCUUGCCAUCAGCUGUCAGGGAACUUUCCCAGAGCUCUCCAAGAGCUAACAUGGGGUGAAAAUGGGUCUGGGUGUGGGUUUGGGGGUGUUGCUUUCCAAUUAGACUUCAGACUCUCAGAUGGUGAAGUGCAUCUGCUGUCUGGUAGGAGAGUUGGGUGUACUGGGCUUAGCAACACAAAGGCUGGAAGAGAAUAUGGUUGCUGACUGUAAGCAAAUUGUUAGGGCAAAAUAAAAAAAGAGGGAAGUUAAUGCUUAAAGCCAAAGGUUAUUGUGAGCCCAAGAAUGAAUGAAAAAGGUGGGAAUUGCCAGAAAAUUAACUGUUGGGGCAACAUUUCCUAGUUUGUAGUAUCAGACUUGAAGCUCAAGCAAGCAGCAGAAAAAAGCACAGGUGGCAUGUGGAAUUGGAAGCAGAGCUCCUGCAACAUGGUGCUGUACAUCGUCUAAUAUAGGAUCAGGUUAUAUGGGGGAGCAUUCAGGAGAAAUAGCUUGGAAAAGGUUGCAUUAGUGGUCAUGUUCUGGAACAAACAUCCAGUGGGAAUGGCAGGAACAACAAAAAAAAUUCUGUGUUGACAGGGCUGGGAAAAAGAUCUUUUUUCCCUUGUAGCAAUCGAUGUAUUCCGAGGCCCAAGGACUUUCCAAAUGACUUCCUUUUCAAAAUCUCUUCAGGAGGAAAUUCCAGCAGUCCUUCCCUGACAUGUCUUAGGCUUCCUCUUAUUCCCAUCUGCCCUGCCAAGCCAUGAGGCUUAACUUACCCUGGUAAACCAAGGAGAACUGUUCUCUGGCUGGGCAAAGCACUGGCAUUGGCUGACAGCAUGGGGGAACCACACUCCUAGUGAGACAGAACAAAGACAACUGGGAGACCGCUUACAUCAUGCUCUUGCUCCUUGUAUCUUCACGGAGGCUGUAGUCCUCGAGUACCUUUACUUAUUAAUGCUGUAUGUGUAGAAUUAGAAUUAUACGUGAGAAGAAAGUGCUCCUUGACAUACUCAAUCCAGACUGUAAUGACAGCUCCUCAUAUAAACCCUUUAAAAAAAUACUUCAGAACGCAAUUCUUAAGAAUUACUCUGUCAGCAUGUGUUCUGCAGGACUGGUUCAGCAGCUAAAGCCCACUGCCUAGCAAAAAAUACAUUAAAAGUAAGGAUGGAUGAUGAGCUCCAAGAGCACCCACAGCCAGACACUGCACUCUUCUCACCAAUCAACGGGAUGUUCUGGGAAACAGGAGCAGUUUCCAUCUCCCACAGACGGGUUUGUUAUCCCUGCUACAUACCUACAGGAAAAAUCCAGUCCCUGCAGACAAGGGAAAAACCCACUAAAGUCAGCUGGUGCCAUGCCACAGCAAUAAGACUGGGACAGCCCCUUUCUCCUCACCCGGUCCCCACAUUCAGUCUAGCUCUGCAGUUCCUCUCCUUCAGCAUCCUUACGGAAAACAUUUCAUAGGUGCUAUUUCCAGCAAGAUUCUUCCAGAUUUUCAAUAGCUUCACAAUGCCAGUGUCCCCUGUGCCUGUGCAUUCCACAAUGUCAGUGCCCACUGUGUGCUGUGUGAGAAGUGUUGCUUCUUUUAGUGCAGCAGCCCAGAAGAGAUGAUUUUAAAAGGCUCUCUUUGUGCAUGUCCUCACUUAACAUUAGUUUUGUGUACACCUUUGUUGCCUCCUGUGUGCCAGGUAGAAUUCUAAAAACAGGGUUUGUGCAUAUUUCUGUAUUUCUGUGUAGGCUGUGCCCGCACUCCGUUUUUCCUGCACACUGGUCUACUGUGUGAAAUGCUAGGAAUACCUUUCUGUCUUGAUUCAGUCCUAGAAUAGACGUAAAAAAUUAAGAUAUCAUGCUUGCAAAAUUCUGAAAUGUGGUGCUACAAGUAUGUAUAGAGCCUCUCAAAUGAAAGGAAGCAGCAGAUUGUAGGUAAUAUUUGAGAAUCUUCUGCAGAGAGAUGCUGUCCAGCAUCCCAACUCCUAUGUAGUUUUCAUACUUGAUGGUUGUUUUGGUGAAUAAGAAGAAAGUACUGUGCCAUGCUACUUCUCACAGGUUCUCUCACUAUCUUUUAGAAGCAUGUUUUAUUAUCCAAAGGAAUCGUUCUCUCUGGUGGUUGGCUAAUUUUAAUAUGGAAAAUAAUGACAAAACAUGCUGGUUUGGUCUUCUAGCCAACAAACUUGGAGCACUUACCUGACUCACAACUGAAAGCACAUCAGUUGUUAAAUAUGUAUAUGAAUCAUAAGCCACAGUUUGGUUUAAAAGACAACGUAAAUUAUUUGCCAUGUAUAAAACACAGUUGAAUGUUUAUUCUCAGAACUCUGUUUUAUAGAACCACUUUGUUAAUAUUUUUCUUAGGCAAUAGUUUCAGGAACAGAUGAAUUUUUAUGUACAAUGUGAAUGAGAAGAUAGUAGACUAUUAGAGUGAUCUGUUGUUUUAUGCUUGAAGCUUGAAUUGAUCAGAAGCCUAGGGACCUAAGUUAUUUAUUGUAUUGCCUCAAAACUACUUGUAAGUAUCAAGAGUUUUCUUGAUUUAAUGGGAUUUUACACCUCUCUUACUGUGUGAUUUUGUUGACACUAGUAUAUUAGACAAAUAAUGUUUUUCCAAAUCGGCAUUGUGGUAGAAAAUUAAGAAAUUUAUUUUUAAAUUCACGUAGAAUAGUCUGUAAUAUACUAAAACCUGCAGUAACUAACUGUUAAUAAGCUAUCACUUUUCUUUCUACUGGAUUAAUAAACAUUGGAGUAUACAGAUUACUUUCCAUGAAGAAAAGAAUCAGAAACAGUCUCUAGAAAAAUGGGAUUUUAUGUGCCUAAUCAUACCUACCAGGCUACACUAUCAUAUUAUUUUUGUGUGUGUGCCAAUACUGAUCAGGUAUGUAAAAACCUGACUACAGUUUGCCAGUCGAACAGGCUGUGCAACUCAAAUAGGAGUUCUGUUUGUCAGUUAUUUUUUUUAUCCCUUUGUUUUACAAAUUGUUAGAUAAUGGCUGUAAUAUAAUUCCAGUUUCUGGACCAGGUUCUGUAGCCAUCAAAUCCCAGUAACUUCUGAAAAGCAAUAAGAAGCUUUUUCAUUGAUUUAAAUGAUCUAGGCCAUUAGAAGAAGAAAGGCGUGGACAUAUGAACUGACAAGCAUAGCUUUGGCAAAUGUUAUUUCUUCUCUUCUGUCUAAAACUUGGCCUGUAUUACAUACUGAUAUGUAAUAAAUACAUAAAAUAAGAACCAUAAAACACACCUAGGAACACUGUGCACAAAAAUAGCUCAUUCAGUUCUUGUAGAAAAUAGCUACAAAUCUUUAAGUCUAUUAGUUUCAAACUGUAAUCACAGUUUAAUUACAUUUUAAAAAAUCCCUUAAAAUUAUGUAAGUCAUUGUGUUUUUAAUACAAAGAGUGAGAGAACAGAUCUGAAUCAAAUAGGAACUUGUUCUUGAAAAUGAUUCCACAAAGCCAAGUGAGCACUGUCAGUUCUUUUUGUGUUCAGUGGAAGCUGAAAGUAGUCAGCACCACACUUGGGUGAGCCUUUUGCCUUCCAGGCAGAAAAUGUUGCUUGGAGUAAAAGUUGGUGGAGAAGUUGCCUUGACUUAGACAUAGCCCUUUGAAUGCUUCUGCAGUGUUCAAAUUGGGUAAAUUUCCAGCCUUCCAGCAGACGUGAACCAGAGCUCCCUAACCAGAUGGCAUUUCUUCCUUCAGAUGAAAUGUUUUAUCUCAGUUAAAAUUUGCUGUCGGCUUCAUCCUACCCAGUGUCAAUGAGACAUUUGCAUGUCUAGAGAAAACAAGAAGUUCUGAUACGGGCAUUUUGCUACUGGGUAGAGAAAAUUGUUUCUGGAAAAGACCACACUAAGGAUACUGCCUUUGAAAAGAAAAAUAUAAAAAAAACCCUGACAUUAGUAAAGAUGGAAAAGGAGAUUUUAAGGAACAACUGGUAUUUAUGAAAUGAGAAAUGUACAAACAGUGUAUUAAACAAAUAUUGGAACUGAUGCUCUUUGACUGCAAAGUUGAUAGGGCUUUAUGGAAGAAUCUAGGUAUGAACUUAACCUAAUCAGCAUUUGAAUGUUCAUUUGCACUAAAGCAACCUAUACUAUUUGAUUGAAAGAAGGGAAGACUUUGGUGAUGUCUGCUUGGAUAUGCUGUAACGCUCUCAAGCUCAUUGCCCUUUUGGGAGCAUGCUAAAUUGGCAUCCACAAUACUGAGUGUUCAGCACCUUAAACCCAUCUACAUGCCAGGAAAAUGUUCCCAUAUUUACACUGAUAUUUGCUCCCAAAUGGAAAACAAAUUGUCACAAAUAUUCAAUUGUCAGCUUCCUUUGCGCUGUUACUUCUGAUGGGUUUCUAAUUAACAUACUACAAUAGGCAACUUUUCCUCUUACUUCAUGUUUCAUACUUACGACAGGUUGUUCAAAUCCUCACCUUUAGAUUAAUUUAAUAUAAUUUUAUUAAUCUUCUCAACACUUCUUCCUGCUGCUGUUUUACACUCAGAAUGAAGCCACAUUCUGCUGUGUUCCUGCCAUAUAUUAAUGCUAGGGGGUAAAUGUCAUUUUCUUGUGUUUGUCUUUUCUUCCUUUUAUAAAUCUUUGUGGGGCUUUUAAAGUGUUCUUGGAUGUUAGCAUCUAUCUUGAGACGAGAGAGGAAAAUUGUGAAGUGCUGCAGAGAUAGGAAAAAAAACAGGCAGAGACUAGGAGGGUUCAGGACAAUUGUUGUAAGCAAAUGUGGAUAUGUGGAAAAGUUAGAUAUAAAUGUAAGGGGAAAACUUUUUUUUACACGUUUUUUUUGUUUUCUCCUGUCAUUUCCUUCCACAAGUGUAAGAUGAUAAAGCAAUGCUCUCACACAGGAUUUUAGUUCCAGGUACUGAAUGUGCCAACUCAAGUCAUGAAUUCUGGUGCUGUUUUUCAAGACUGCAACAUUUUAAAAAUCAGGCUGCGUAGAAGUUAGAGACUUUUCUGUGUAGAUAUUAGGAAAAAAAGGGGGGAGUGGGUGCCAAUGAGGGUUUGAGAGAAGAUUAAGCUGAUCAUACAAACACAGCCUGUAUCUGAGCUGCAGAAACAGAGGAUACAUUGCUGUACUGCAGUUGGGUCACUGUCUGUGCCCAAUACUGUGUGAUAUUGUAGAUUACAAGCUGACUCCUGCAGCAAAUUGAGAAUUCUUUGCCAAGCCAAAAUGGCAUAUUUUUGAGUACUUGGAUUUUCAUGAGAUUAUGAAGUUUUAGCUGCAUCAGUCCAGGUGGCUCACCAUCUUGCAGGAGCAAGUCUGAGAACUUAGCAAGUCUGUGAGACACCCGAUGUAAGUAAUGCUGCGGGACCAUCUGCCAGGAAGAAGGGAGGCUUUUCAUAGGCUGUACAGCAGGGAGGGAGUUAUGCCACCUCCAGAAAUAAGAAGUAUGAGGUCUGUGUAGCACUUUGUUAUGUUUAGCCCACGUGUAUGGGUGAUGGGGCAAGUGAUGCUACAAAGUGGCUUGUUUUAGUCCCUCCAGUAAACAGUAGCAACUAGCCUAGGCACAGAGACAAAUUCACAGUUCUAGGGUAGGAAAUCUUUAAUUCUACAGUGCCUUCUCAGGCACUGAUUAAGUACAUGCAAUGAUGGAUCACCUAGCAGCUAAAUGCUCUCCUUCCCUUAUCCCAGAUCAAGCUACUGUGACAUUAAAAGGACCUGGUCCUUAGAGGUCUGUCAGCAUCCUGCUUACUCAAGCUACCUUGAUUGCCUGUCACUUAUAGCUGACCUUGCUGAUACUUCUCUAGUUAUUUAAAAAGCUGUGAGCUAAAUUAUACCUUGUGAUUCUGCAGUUCCCCAAUUUGCAGGCAGCAUACUCUAUGUGUACUAUAGUUUUUCCUUGCUUUUCAUUAGGAAUUGGGAAUUAAUACAAUAGAAUAUGGCAAAGUGUUCGUUAUUUUUUAUACUCUUUUGCUCAAGCAAAUAUACAAGCGAGGAUAAAUUAGAUUGAAUGUGUUUGAUCAGCCAAAGCAAUUUUUGAUUCAGAAGAUUAUUUUCUAAGUAUGUAAGAUUCCUAGCCAACUGUCUGUCGUGUACAUUUACAAGAGGAGCCAGUGAUUCUUCUAUUAUAUGGAAGUUUCUGAAGUAUACAAACGAGACCAGCAAAUGGCCUCCUCCUACUGCUUACCCCCUUUCCCUUCCCCUUCCCAGGGAUCACCGCUCCAGGGAGAGGUUUUCUCCCAGCAAGAGUCAGAGCAGGUAGGAACCUAUUCUUCCCUAUAUGAAGGUCUCCAGCUCUCAAGGUGACAUGGGUGCAUGUAGGCACUCUUUCCUUUGCCUGUGCUAUGGCAGGCGUGAGUACAGAGCCCCGCCACUAGUACGAGGCACAGACAGACCAUAACCCCAGUAUUUUCCCCUGAGGAAAGGUCCGUACAGGAUCUGAAGGAGACAGUGUGCUUACUGUUUCUAUGACAGUGCAUUUUAAACAGUGCUAUAGUAAGAUCUCCCCUAGGAGAUCUCUCUCACCAUCCUAAAGGAUGACUGAAUUCUGGGCAUAGGACAAAGUGCUUUACUCCAGGUGCGUGACGAUGCAUCCUUUAUUGGCAAGAGAAAAUAAAGAUUCAAAAUAAAGCCUGGCUCUGCAGACUGCAGAUUAAAGAAAAAGUGCUUUGCAGUGUUUAUCCAGCAAGACACAAAAUCCAUCACAAUUUCUUGCAACCAUCUUCAAGGGUUGGUGUAACUAUGGGUUGUAACUACAACAAAAAGUACAUCAGGAUUUGGAUGCUGGCAGGAAGUUUGUGAAUGUGUUGCUGUACAAGGAGAUUUAUAUGAGCUCAGUGGUAAUGUGCUCAUCUGAAGGCAUUGAUUGCCACGCACAUUUUGGACUGAAGAUAGAGGAGCUGCAAUGUCAUGAGAUUAGAGGCAGAGGGAGGGAAGUAGAAGUGUGAGCAGUGGGGACUGCAGAGGUUGGUCCUUUCCUUUUUUGCCCUACGUGUAUGGCAACCCAGUGGUUUUCCAGCUUUCUUUUCCUUUAUCAUGUUUACCUCCAUUCUCCUUCCCACUGUGCAUGAUGAGUUGAACAGAAAAGCAUCACUACAGAUUACUAGCUAAAAGCCAGAGCAGACCAGCACUGCAUAAAAAUGUUGAUUGUGCCAUCAUAGCCCAUAUUAAAUCGUAGAAUCACAGAAUCACAAGGUUGGAAAAGAUCUCUAAGACCAUCCAUUCCAACCGUCCACCUAUCACCAAUAUUUCCUACUAACCAUGUCCCUCAGUACAACAUCUAAAUGCAUCAUUUGUCUCAGUUUAGAUUCCAGCAAAUUAAAUCCAGUAUCCAUGAUGCCUUUCUUGCAUUCAGCUCUGCCUAAUAACUUUGCUGUCAUUCUCUGCAGCAUUCUGAAUCUCUUGACUGAACAACCCACUUACAGUCACGACAGUGUGGGCAAAAGAAGUGUACCUUAUGGCAGUGCUUUUUGCUGAGGAGUGGAAGCCACUGGAGUUCUGCUGGGAAAGGGGCCUAGACAAGUCUCGAGGAAUUUUAGCCAUGUUUCCUUCACAGGCAAGGCAGCCGUUUCUGUUAAAGCAAGUAACACAUUUUCAAGUACUUAAGAAAGAGAAAAUAUGAAGUUGCGUAUUAUUUUCUUGCUAGAAUUUAUUUUCUACACAAAGCUGUAUGAGUUAGGCACUGAAAGCAAGCCGACAGGCACCCACUUAUUCUUUCCUUCCGGUCUUUAAUUCCUUUGCAAAAUCUUCUCAAGCAUUCAGAUCAACAUAUUUAUGGUCCGUUUCAUUCCAUUUCAGUUAAGUGGUCUAUUUCUGCCAUUGAAUCUUGUAUAGGUUUUAUUUUUAAUGUAAUAUUUAGCUGCAUUACUUUGAACAGCUUUAAAGUAUAAUGUCUUUGAAUGCUCUAGUUAAAGUAUACCCUUGAAAUGGUUUUAGAAGUUGAACUGUAUACUUUGGAGCUGUUGUUUCUAUUGUAACUCCUGAAAGCAUCACGGAGUGCUUUCGUCGGUAUGUCUGUCUCCUUUUUUGUAACAGCAUGUG